AUGGCCACGCCGCGCAGGAUUCAGCUCAUUCCUCUGAGCCCGGGGUUAGGUAACCCCCCUUCCGCCCCCCCAGGUGCCCCCCCUGCUGCCCCCCGCCCCCAGGCUGAGGGUGCCAGUCUGUGUGUCCGGCUGGACCUGGUGCUGUUCGACCCGGACGACGAGCGCUGUGCUGAGUUCCACUACCCCGAGCUCACUGCGGUCCGGUGUGAUGAGUCCGUGCGCGCGCUGCUGGAGGAGGAGGAGGAGGAGCUUCAGGUCCACAAGAGAUCAGGCGGAGCUCCUGGACAGAGGAGAGACAGAGUGCAGGAUUUGGUGGACAUGGGCUACGGCUACGAUGACGACGACUCCUUUAUCGAUAACUCGGAGGCUUACGAUGAGCUGGUUCCCGCCUGUCUUACGACCAAGUACGGAGGCUUUUACAUCAACGUGGGGACUCUUCAGUUUCGCCAGGCCGCGGGGGACGAGAACGAGACUGAUGACUUCGAGGAGGAAGUUAAGCCUAAGAAACGAAAAUUGAAAGAAGGAGGCAUGGUGAAGAUGAACAAGAAGAAGAAGAGAAAAGAGGAUGUUUGGUCUAAAGCAGAAAACAUCAAACACAGGGUAGGUGCAGGCGAUAAGAAGAAGAAGGCGAGUAAGCAGCAGCAGCAGCAGAACCUCGAUGGCAUGUUGAGGAAAUUCCACAAGGAGAAACUUCAGGAGCUCCAGCUGCUCAAAUCUCAGCAUGACUCGAGCGAGCAGGUCGACUCGGGUUCAGCUGAUGAACUUCACCAAGCAGUGGAGGAGCAGGGUGAGAUCCUGACUAACGAUCAGAGCCAGAAGAACCAGGGAACUCUAGCUGAGACACUUCAGGCUUCACGUCCUGAUGGUUUGUCUCCUGCACCGGAGAGGAGCCUACAGGAACUUGCACAGGAUGAUCAGCUGGCGGUUCUGAUCCGGAGACUGGAGGAGACGGUGCUCCGGGUCAUGCCCGAGCAGAUUGACCGCUUCAACAGUCACUGCCAAGCUCACUCAGAGGCCAGAGCCGCCAAACUGGAAGCUGUGAAAGAAAAGCGAGAAGGAUCCGAUGAGGACGAGGACGACUCGAGCGGGAAACGAGUUUUUGGACCGCGUAAGAGAUUCAGGUGGAACGAGGAGAUCAGGGAGUUGGUGUGUGAUGUAGUGAAGCUGAAGAUGAGUCGCUUUGAGCUCGAGGCUGCUGGUGAUCAGAGUUUAGAGGACUAUUUGAAGAGCUUUUUGGAGGCGAGUGUAAAGACGCUGUGGCCUAGAGGAUGGAUGCAGUCCAGAAUCUUACUGAUCGAGAGUCGAAGAGUUCACGCUCACGUCACGGGCAUAGUGGCGAGGAAGAAGUCCAUGACCGUCCCAAGAUCUGAAAAGGGUCGCCGAGGAGCCGGAGUCUGUCCUGGGAACACUGGGAGCAAGUUUGAUGAAAGUGUAGAUGUUCAGAUGGGUCCCGUGAACAAGGCACAUGCUGGAGUAAAGUCCCAGAAGAUUCCUUCCGGCGCUGGGGGCGUGUCCGUUCUGAAGUCACUUCCUGCUGGUGAAGGGAAACCCCAGAUGGCCCCGGGUGUUGAGCGGGACGGCUACCUUUGCAGCGCGCCCUUUAAUCUGGCGGUGGCAGCGAUGGAGGGUUCAUGUGGAGAUCCAGAUCUUCCCACUCCAUCUCUCUCCCACCAGACGUCUCGUCCCAGCGCUCCGGAAUCGGCAGUGCUCACGACCCUAACCCCCCAGCACGCUUUCCCCUUCCCCGCUCUUCCAGCUGGUCAAACCGAGAUCUGCAAAACCUCUGUUCUCACGGGCGCAGCUCCUGGAACGUUCCAGUACGGUCUCUCACACGACGGAAGUCAGAUUCGCGCAGGAGGAGCGAACGCUCAGAGGAAACUGCAGUAAAGCAGAGGAACGGAGAAGAACCUGCAGACCACAGCGCAAACCUAAAGAGGAGAAAAUCUAUUUCUAUUUAACUAAAAUCUAAAAUGUACCACGUUUAUUUAUACAAAAUUAAUAAAAUCAUCACACAGAA